GCCUUGGCGGUUGUGUAGACGGUGCCUUAAAUUUACUAUUUGUCAUUUGUUUCCAAAGGUCAUUGAAAGUCUGUUGUGCAAAAUCCGAAAUGGAACUAAAAUGCAAGAUCCAGAAUUAUGAAUGGGGAAAGAAGGGUUCCAAAAGCAAAGUAGCUAUAUUAUAUGGUAAUGUUAACGAGAAAUUCGUGAUAGACGAAGAUGUUCCAUAUGCUGAGUUAUGGAUGGGAACACAUGUAAAUGCACCUUCACAAAUAAAGGACACUGAAGAGAAUCUAAGCUCCUACAUAAAGAAUAACCCCAGUUCACUAGGCCUAGAAGUAACUAGAAUAUUUAAAAAUGAACUACCUUUCUUAUUCAAGGUAUUAUCAGUUAACAAAGCUUUAUCAAUUCAAGCACAUCCUUCCAAAACACAUGCUGAAGAACUGCAUUCCAAGUUUCCUGAUAUUUAUAAGGAUCCCAAUCAUAAACCAGAGUUAGCCAUUGCCUUAACACCCUUCGAAGCAUUAUGUGGUUUCAGACCAAUUAGUGAAAUAAGAGAAUUUUGUGCAAACAUUCCAGAGUUAGCAAGUAUAACAAAAUGCUCUGAAGAAUGUGAUAAUGUGGAGUUCUUGAAAAAGGCAUUUAGAGCAGUACUGAUAUGCGAAAAACAGCAGAUUACGACUACAAUUGAUGGUCUCAUUUCGAGACUGAAAACUCUAGCCCAUGAAAGGCGAGAACAUUUCCUAGCUGAACUUGUAGAACGUCUCAACAGUCAGUUCCCUUAUGACAAUGGAAUUCUAAUGGUAUACUUUCUUAACUACUUGAAACUGAAGCCUUCAGAAGCUAUAUAUUUGGGAGCAAACGAACCACAUGCAUAUUUGUCAGGGGACUGCAUCGAAAACAUGGCUUGUUCCGACAAUGUAGUUAGAGCAGGAUUGACUCCAAAAUUCGUUGAUGUGGAUACAUUGUGCUCCAUGCUCAUUUACAAGGGUGAAAAACCCAUUGAUAAACUGUUCAAACCUCAUAAUGAGGACGAUUUUACAAAAAUAUACAAACCCCCAGUGAAAGAUUUUGCAGUUGCGGAAAUAAGGGUUCCAACUUCUGCCAGGAAUUACCAAACUAUCAAGAGGAAGAGUGCAAGCAUUUUCAUAGUAAUAAAUGGAAAAGCUAAACUGAAAGAGGGAGAGCUCAAGCCAGGGAUGAGUUUGUUUUUGAGUGCUGACCAAGAAUUAGCUAUUAUAGAAAUCAGUGAAGACAUUUUGAUUUAUCAAGCAUUCGCCAAUGUAUGAAAUAAAUGGAUAAAUAUAUUAUCAUAAUGGAACUAGUCAACAUUUCCUCUUAUUUAUGAUCGCUUGACCAAAAAUAGCUGUCAGCCAAAUCCACAUCAGAAUUAAAUAUACUAUCGAUCAACACUGGAGAUAUGAAAUUAUAAUGUUAGAUGACCUUGACUCACUUGACUUUUUUUCAGUCCUGUAGAAAUUUUUGGCUCUAUAUUCAUAGUCUACAAAUAUCACAAUAAAAUCCUAAAUAUCAAUUUAUCAUUUGAUUAUUAAAAUUAAGAAAAAUUGUAUUAGCGAUUUCUUUAUGAAACAUUUCCAUAAACACAUAUAAAUGGGCGAUAGUUUGUUUGUGGUACAGUAUGUAUAAUGUAAGUUUAUUCAAAAUAUGAAAAAUAGAUGAGUGCACAAAAAACGGCCAGUGCUGUUAUCAUUUGAGGUCGGAUUUUGAAAUUUGGUGGGUACCAAGUACAUACCGAAUUGCUUUUCAUUGACAAAUCAUAUUCAUUAAAUCACUUCCGGUUUAACCAGAAGCAAUCCCAACUUUCAAUUAUAUCUAAAUAGGACCCCCUAUUUAUUUCAAUAUUUUGAGGCAAAAAGUUCCUAGUGUGUGUAAAAUGAUUUCCUGAAUGCAUAUAAGAAAAAAUAUACACGGUGUCCCAUUUAAAAAUCGAAAGUUGGAGUUGUAACAGAGUGAAUCGGAAGUGAUAGAAUUAAUGUUUUAUCGUCAAUAUAUGAGCCAUUUGGUAUACUUGCUACCCACCAAAUUUCAAAAUCGCAUCUCGAAUGAUUCAGAAGUUGACACACUGACAGUUUUUGUGCACUUAUCUGUAUUUGUUUCGAAAAUAUACUGUAAAGGAGAGUUCCCAUUGCAGCUUUUUUGCUUUUCGCGUCACGCAGUCUGAUUGGUGACGCAUAAUUGAGAUUUGCUGCACUGUUUUUCUCUUAUGUUCUUCAGUUCCCAAUAAAAUUA